AAUCCAAAAAUAAAAAAUAAAAAAAUAAAAAGAAAGAAAUUGUUGCGAACGAAAAACACUUGAGAUUGAGAGAGAAAGAUACAAGAAUAGGCAAAAGCAAAACGAACGAUCGUGAUCUGAAUCUGUGUGUUAGAUGGCCUAAAAAUUGGGUACAUUUUGGUUGCUUACAUUGAAGGAAAGAAAGAAGGAAAAAGCUUCAAAUCUGGCAAAUCUCGUGGGAUUGAGGGCUCGAUCUUCGUUGAAGCAACCUUCUCCUGAUUUCAACGACGACGACGAGGAGUGUAGGCCUUGGCGUCGCAGAUUAACAAUGGCUUUCUCCUGGGCCUCUGCCCUCAGGAUCACCCUUCUCCUUCUUCUUCUCGCCGCUGUUGUUACCGCUUGUUUCACUCUCCCUGUUGAAAAGAUAAUGAAGGACUUCUUACUUUGGGUUGAUCGUGAUCUUGGGCCGUGGGGUCCUGUUGUUCUGGCUGUUGCUUACAUUCCUUUGACUGUCUUGGCUGUUCCAGCUUCAGUACUUACUCUUGGUGGUGGUUAUCUUUUUGGGCUUCCAGUGGGCUUUGUUGCUGACUCUAUUGGUGCAACUGUUGGUGCUGGAGCAGCAUUUCUUCUUGGUAGAACAAUUGGGAGAUCAUUUGUUGUUUCUAGGUUGAAGGAUUAUCCACAAUUUAGAUCAGUUGCAAUUGCAAUUCGGAGAUCUGGAUUUAAGAUUGUUUUACUGCUUCGGCUCGUUCCACUACUGCCAUUUAAUAUGUUAAAUUAUCUCUUGUCGGUGACUCCUGUUUCAGUCGGGGAAUACAUGCUGGCUUCCUGGUUAGGAAUGAUGCCAAUUACAUUGGGACUUGUAUAUGUUGGAACAACUCUUAAAGAUCUUUCUGAUGUGACACAUGGAUGGGGCGAAUUUUCAAAGACUCGUUGGGCAUUUAUCAUUUUUGGCCUCGUAAUAUCUGUGAUUCUGAUGAUAUGUGUUACUAAAGUUGCCAAGUCUGCUUUAGAUAAAGCCUUGGCCGAAAAUGAAGAGUUUGAUGGGAUUACAUCUCCACCAGAGUUACCAAUUGUUGCUGAACCAUCAGCAGAUCUCAACCAACCUCUCAUAAUUAAGAUAGAUUCUGCUGAAGACAAUCAUGAAAAGUAAAAUCCUUUUUGUGUAAAUUCUUUCUCUACCCUACCUUCUAAAGGCUAUGCUUUUUAUUUAAAGUUUAAGCAGUAGCUGCCUGCUUCUAUUGAUUUGUGAUUUGUACAGUUUCAACAAUAUAUAUAUAGUCUGUGACAGGAGAGUUUAGUCCUACAAUCAAGAUGACAUUAUUGACUAUGUAUCUUUUUGUCAACAGCAGAAGAUUUCAUUUUAUGAACCA